AUGAAAGACAUUCAAUUAAAAAAAGAUAAUUUUUAAGAGAAAAUAGCAGAAUUAGAGCAAUUGAUUUAAAAAGCCUUCAAAUUAGCUGAAAAAGAAGGUAAUAUGUGCCUUUAGAGAAUGUCAUAUGUGGAAGCAAAAAGAGAGCAGGCUUUCAAGGAAUAAAAAUUAUUCAUAGACUAAGUUAAAAUGGAGAAUGCUUUGGAUGAAUAUUUGAAUUAAUCAUUUAUUACUCAUUAAAAUACACUUCAUAGUAUUACAUUCACUAUUAUAAACGAUAUCUUUAACAAUGUCAUAAAACUAAAUUAAAUUAUUUGGGAUUGGAGAUUAGGUCUUGACUAAAUUAUAGAAGAGCCUUUUAAAUAAUAAAAUGUCUAGAUUUAUAUGCAAAUUUUUAAAGAAGUUAAUGAUUUUUUAGAAAUUAGAUAAAAACCGGAGUACAAAGUUUCACGUAUAGUUACUCAUUCUGAAGUAAAACUCAUAAGAGAUUACUUUUUAAUCAUAAGCUAAAGAGAAAAAGGCUUAUCAUACUUGAAUUUCAGUAAUCUUGAUUUUAUUUUAGAAAUGGUUGAAGAUUGUCCUAAUGACACAAUGAUCAACUUACUCUUUAACAUCCCUUAUUUGUAGAUCUAAUUUUAAUCAAUUUAUUAGCAAAAUAUAUCAAACGAAUAACUUAAGCAAUUUAGGAUUUUCCGAUAAAUCUAACUGCCUUCUAAUAUAGAUAUAUUUGUUAUUUUCGUAUAAAACAAACAAUGGAAGUUUUUCUAAUACUCUAAUUUUUCUUAUGAAUUCAUUCCUAAACUCCCUUUAAGGCUUAUAGAGAAUGAAAAAUAUCUUUAUCAACUAAAAUAAGAAGCACCAACAAAUAUAUUUUCCAUAGAAUUAUUUGUUACUAAUGAUUCAAAUAUUUAGAUAAAAAAAUGCAACCCCAAGUAAAAACCUUACAAAAUUCAAAACAAAUUUGGGUGCUUACUAAAGUACUAUACUUAUAAGUUGAGAAAUACCUUAUUGUAUUUUUGUGUAUUUAAUAAAUUACUUUCUCCUAUGAUGACAUUCAGCAGUAAGCAAAUAUUAUAUGACUUAUGGGAUAACCUGCCAUAAGCUUAAAAUCCUUCUUACAUAUACCCUUUCUUAGAAGAAACCUUCCCUGUUUAUGACUAAUAAUACAAGAAACAUAAAAUUACUUUUGAGGCAUUCUAGAACAUAAUAGUAUAUGAUCAUAACUAUAGUGAUUUUAUAUAUGAAUGA